CUCCCGUUCCCCUCACCGCCAGGGUAAAGUGUUUGUGUUGAAUAAAGUUUGUGUGGAUUGAAGAGUUGUGGCCACCGCAGGGAGUGCUGGGAGUGGUAGUUCCGGCUCUCUCCUCCCAGCAUCACUCAUUGCCUGGCUGGGAUUCAGCUCAUGGACGGAGCAACGGUAGUGAGAGGAGGCGACAUCCCGAGCUGAACUCUAUACAGGGAGAUCCGGGGCUCCGGCUGAGUAGGGAGCAGAGGGCAGCACUACCACCUACUGAUCGGGUAUGAGUACUCCCUCAUACAGGCUUUUUGUUCUACAGUUGCUGAAUUAGUGGAGCUAUGGACAGUGUUUUCCUAUCUGAAGAGAGAGCCAAUUCUGUUCUAAAAGCGCUUCCCCAGGCUAAUGGGUUCCUCGAAGAGAUCAAGCAAGGCAACAUUGAGCGGGAGUGCAAUGAAGAAUUGUGCAGCUAUGAAGAGGCGAGGGAAGCCUUUGAGAAUGACGAGAAGACUAAAGAGUUUUGGAAAGAGUACACCAGAGGACAUGGGGACUCAAGCUCGGACAGCAAUUGGUAUCCAUUUUACCUGGCCUUCCCUUUAAUCACAGUCUUCUUUGUUGUUGCUCUGGUUCUCUUGCUAUUGUGGAAGUGUGUAUUCAGAAACAAAGCAUGCCGGAGAACUGCAUAUGCCAACAGAGGUGCGAGAGAAAAUACAGCUGAGACUUUAGAUAACGAAGGAGUUUCCAGUCACGCUCAGCAUGCUAAUGUGUUGUGUGCAAUGGAGGAUGCUUUUGAAAGGGCUGGGAACCCCAGUGGAUUGACUGAUUAUGAUGUGCGGUCAGAUACGCUUUCAGCUGGAUUUUCUUCGAAUUGCGAUGCACCACCUUCUUAUGAAGAAGCCACCGGAACAAGGGGUGUGAGAUUAAGCGAGCCACAGCACAGUCCCAAUGAGCCACCACCACAGUAUGAAGAAAUAGCUAUUUGUGCCUCUGUAAUCACAAUACCUCAGGAGGGAACAACCAAUCCUAAGUAGCGUAGGAACAGAUUUUCUUUUAUAUAUUUUUUUUGUUUUGUUUUUUAUUGCAUAUGAAUUUUUUUUUUAUUUUUUUUUUUUUAGUACAAUAGCAUUUAGCUCUUGACACAUUUUGACAUUUUAUGAUUUAUAUAUUUUUUUCUUUUUCUUCGAGUAUAGUAAUGAACACUAUUUCCUGUGAGAACCGCUUAGAUGAAGGGUACAUAUUGCUUUUAGAUGAACACUGUACUGUUAUAUUACACAAAAAUGACAAAGUGCCGUAUAUUUGAAACAGUACUUUCUAUUUUCAGUCUUGCUGCAAUGAAUUUGCCCAUGGGGAUUAUACUGAUAUUGCAAUAUAACCACUAUUGACCUAACUACAUUUUAUAUGAGCUUGAAUAAAAUGCCUUUUUAUUUUCA